CCGGAGCGCCGGGAGGUCGGCUCUCCCGCUCCGGCCUCGCGCGAGGCUGCUUCCUCCCGCCCGCGGAUCCCUUUCGCGGCUCGCUUUCUCCUCGGCCUCUGGGUGGAGCCGCCAGCGCAGUCCGGCCUGGGGCUGUUUGUGGACUCAGCGAAGUAGAGCGCCCCGUGGGUGGGAUUCCCGGUGCGGAGCCCUGCCUCCUCCUGGAGAUGCUGCACUUGUGAGAGGCAGGGGUUCGUUUGAAUUUCUGCACCUCGAGAGUUGCGGAGCCCGCAUCUCUGAAGCUGCCUGGGUCAAGAGCCACAUUUUUUACGCCCCCUCUUGGGAGAGUAGCCGUCUCUGGGACUUGUUUCAGCCCCGUCUUCUCUGCAGAUCACCAGGUUGCAUCUUCACUGAUCGGAAUACAUUUCUGAAAAGGACAUGGAUGAAAAUGAAAGCAGCCAGUCCCUGAUGACAAGCAGCCAAUAUCCUAAAGAAGCAGUAAGAAAGCGCCAAAAUUCAGCCCGGAGCUCUGUAGGAAGUGAUUCUUCUAGGCUUUCCAGGAAAAGUUUCAAACUGGAUUACAGACUAGAGGAAGAUGUAACUAAAUCAAAGAAAGGGAAGGAUGGCAGAUUUGUCAACCCAUGGCCAACUUGGAAAAAUCUCUCCAUUCCAAAUGUUCUCAGAUGGCUGAUAAUGGAAAAGGAUCACAGCGGUGUUCCAGGUUCCAAGGAGGAACUUGAUAAAGAGCUCCCAGUGCUGAAGCCGUAUUUUAUCGAUGACCCUGAGGAGGCUGGAGUGAGGGAGGCUGGCCUGAGGGUCACGUGGCUGGGACACGCCACCGUGAUGGUGGAAAUGGACGAGCUCAUCUUCCUCACCGACCCCAUCUUCAGCUCUCGCGCUUCACCGUCGCAACACAUGGGUCCAAAGCGGUUCCGUCGUGCCCCCUGCACCGUCAGCCAACUGCCCCCAAUAGACGCUGUCCUCAUCAGCCACAACCACUAUGACCACCUGGACUACAAUUCCGUCAUCGCUCUGAAUGAGCGAUUCGGUCAGGAGUUGAGAUGGUUCGUGCCUCUGGGUCUCCUCGACUGGAUGCAAAAGUGUGGCUGCGAGAACGUGAUCGAGCUGGACUGGUGGGAGGAGAAUUGUGUCCCUGGACACGAUAAGGUCACCUUUGUCUUUACCCCUUCCCAGCACUGGUGUAAAAGGACGCUCAUGGAUGACAACAAGGUUCUGUGGGGCAGCUGGUCUGUCUUGGGGCCCUGGAGUCGUUUUUUUUUCGCAGGAGACACUGGCUAUUGCCCGGCUUUCAAGGAGAUAGGAAAAAGGUUUGGACCUUUUGACCUUGCAGCUAUUCCCAUCGGAGCGUAUGAACCGAGGUGGUUUAUGAAAUACCAACAUGUAGACCCAGAAGAAGCUGUAAGGAUUCACAUUGAUGUUCAGACAAAGAAAUCUGUGGCAAUUCACUGGGGAACUUUUGCCUUAGCAAAUGAGCAUUACUUGGAGCCCCCAGUGAAGCUGAGUGAGGCUCUAGGAAGAUACGGACUUAAGACGGAAGAUUUUUUUGUCUUGAAGCAUGGAGAAUCCAGAUACCUCAAUACUGAUGAUGAAAACUCUGAAUAAAUGUGAGCACAGGAGCUGUUAGUGACAAAGGUAUCCUCUAAGCUAGGGAAGACUAAGAAACUCAUGAAUAUGAGGAUUUUUUACAUUUGGAAACAAUUUCGACAAGUUAGUGUCUUGUUUUGCGUGAUAACUUGCUACUCCGCCUACCAGGUCAUACAGAGAAACAAGAGUUCGGAGGUGGGUCAUUUACAUAAUGAAUUGGCAAAGGGGAAUUAAAAUCCUGUCUCAAUGGUAGAAGUAUUGCAAUGGCUUUUUUUUUUUUUUUUUACAUUUUUUAGUGGUAGAAUUUGGAGGUUAUGAAAACUGAUUUUAAGGUCUCAUUUCUGUUCUGGUUAAGGGCCUCCUACAAGGUGAGUCUGUCUAGCAAGAUAGAUUCAGAGGCCGCACAUAUAAACCUGUUUCUUAUAUUCACAUGAGAGGAUGUGAUGACACUGACACCCACAUGCUUAGAGCAGCUCUCCUUGCUCCCUCAGGAUUAGCUUAUAUGCCACAUGUUAAGUGAUUUAUUUUUUUAAGCACAGAAACAUAGGAGGUUGGGCGAAGUUCCCAUUUUUAAAGACUUAAUUUUUUAAAAGAGGAAGAGUAUUUUCUGUUUCACGCCUACAGUCCCGAAUCAGAAGCGGAGCUGGACAGGGGCAGGGAAAGGGGGUGGUUAUGAGGACAUGAUUGGUGACAUUUUCUAUUUUUAAUCUAAAAGUCAGACCUGCUAAGCACAAAGAUAGCUGCCAGGAAAUAUUUUACAAAGAUAAAUGCAGAUCUUAAAUAAUUCUCUGUAUUCCAUUUUCUCUCCAUCUACUCAUUUUCCCUCCUCAUUUCUUAGCUCCAACCAUGAAUAUAUCAAUAAGGUCUAUAAAUAUGUUUUACAGGAUUCAGAUGGCUUAUAUUUUUAUAUUAGAUGACCUCUAAGCACGAUUCUGCUUUGAGUAAGCUAGUGUGGAAUACCAGCAGCUAAAAAAGAAAUGAUUUUUGGGAAUUAGCUGACCUGAGUUCAGUCCUGUAAGGGCUCUGUGGUCACUUGACUGCUCUGAACCUUUCAUCAGAGCCGAUCGGAUACAUCAGAGGCCCAGCCUGUCUUCCCGCUCCCCAGUCUCGGUGAAGUAAACUUUAUUCACACAGAAUAAUCACAAUAGGUUUUCUACACCAGAUGCUGCCCUAGUGGUAAUCUAUCUAUUUGCACAUACAUAUAUAUGCACGCCACCUGUUAGCCACUUAAUCUCAGUUUUAAUCCCGCUUCCACCACAGAUUUUGUGUGUAUCUGCCACAAGUCACCUAUGCUCACUGUGCCUCAGUCUCCUCAUGUGGAACAAGAGGACAUUUUUGACCUACCUCCAAAAAAUGUGAUUUUUUUUUUUUUAAAGCACUUUGAGACUCUAAGGGAGAACAUUAUUUCUUAAGACCUCACUGCCUGAUAUAGAUCGGUAGAUCUGAAAGCUGAAAACAGGCUCAUGGCUGCUUUUGAUAGUGUCUUGUUCUUGCUGCAGAUUCAAGCAUAUAUAUUUAGGACAUGAACCCUGAGGACUGACAACUUUAUCUCCUUUUGUAAAUCUGGAGGGUAAGAGCCAAAAUAAAUGUCAAUGAUCUUUAUCUUACAGCGAUGCAAAUCAGUCCAGGGGAAAUGUGAAUAUAAUGUAUGUGAAUGUGAUUUGGGGCACUUAAGCACAAUUUCCCCAUAAAAUAACCUUCAGGAAAAAACCAACGGAACAACCCUAAACCUUUUCACUCCAAAGGAACAUUCUGGCAAGCAGGUGGGAAUGGAGCUGGUAGGUUGAUGGUGGAAGAGCUUGGGGGGGGGGGGGGGGGGCUGGUGCCCUAACGCUCACCUGUGUGGUCGCCUUCCUUGCUGUUGCAUGCCGCGUUGAGCAUUCACCUCUUACCUCUGCUCUGUGAAGCAGACCAAGUUCGUCUUACUUUCGUCUUCUCCAUGAAUGGCCUUAACACGAUUUCUGCAUUCACAUAUACCGUGUCACUGCGGGUCUCUGAGCACUUUAUGUUCUAGUUCCGCUUAAUUGGGCCUGCCAUGUUUUUCUAGGCCUGCUCUCUAGCUUUAAUUUUUAUUACCCUUUACCUUCUUUCUAUGCUGACAUUUUGUUCGCGAAGAACUGCAUGGAGCUUCAUCUCUCCUCGUAGAAUCGCGCUCGAUUUGCGUGGCUUCCAUGUUUUCACUUAGCUACAUUUUUGAAGGGUUUACGUACAAAAGCAACACCGAAUUUUGAAAAAUAAGUCAAAUCCACUCUCUUGCCUCCAUUCAGUCUAAGUAUGGCGUAAUGCCUUUCACUUGGUCUUCUCUGAUCAGUUUCGUUUUGCUCUUUUGAUUAGCCAGCAGCCAUUGGAACCUGUGAGAUUUUACUGACAAGUCCCUUUCUCCUGUGGUAAAGAUGUUCCUCCUUGCCCAGAGCCGGGGGAGGGGAUCACUCACUGUGGGAAAUCUCACCCAGUAAAAACCAAGAUGUGCCCUGACCAACAGAGAUGAAGAUCUAUUUUGCACUUUCACUUUGUAAUUUUUUUAAGGUAGUUAAAAAGGACUCCCCCUUUUUCUCUAGCAUUUUGACAUUUCAAACUCAACGCUCUGAUUUCCAGGAAAUGGGAUUAGCUAUUCAAACUAAAAACAGAGGAAGAGAAGAGAGAUGGGGUUUUAUAAUCCAAUGCUGCUGAAGCCCAUCAAAGCCAAAUCCUACUUUCUAAUUCUGUGCCCAUUUUGACUAUGUAUUUUCAUUAAAUAAGGAGGCAGAUUAAAAAAUUCGUUAAUAAGAAGUGUGCCUUUCAGGGAAUUAGGACUUUUGUCAGCGAUGCAAACCUAUAGCCAGCAUUUACCCAUCAAUGCUGUAGCCAGCUGGGAACGUCCUUGGUUUCACCUGAAUACUGAAUCCUUUUUCUACUGUAAAAAUAUUUCUUGCAAGUUUGAUUUCUGUAUCAGGCUAACCCUACCUGUUUGAGGAUUUGUGACUUCCUGUGGAAAUCCAUGUAUUUACAAAUGAAAUUUAACGUACUUGUACAGCUUUGCCUUAAAUACCUGGAGCAGGAACGCUGCUGCUUGCAUACUGAUAUAUACCUAGUACUGAGCAUGGUGAUGGUGAGGAACUGGAAUAAGACCUGGCUGAAAUGAAAUCUAUUAAUAGUAUUUUUAUUCCAUAAGCUAUUGUGACACUAUAAUGACUAAAAUUUACAAUGUAUGAAAAUCUCAGCUAAGUAAAAUAUGGAUGAAAAUUAAUGAAUAAAGUACUAUCAAGAGAAAA